AGGUGGAGUACAAAAUCGUGUUCCUUCGUGAUUUCUUUUACAGGAAGUUUCGAGUUUAGAAGAGGACACCAUGAGUUCAUCCGACAAGCUUCGUGGACGAAAAGGGUCUCUGUUGCACACAGCAACAACCACGGAUGGAACCGUUGGUACUAGUCAAGGAGGAAAAUUAGGAACAUUGCCCGACAAAUCUACUCCUAAGGAAGGUCCUCCCGUCAAAGGAAAGAAAGAUGUUCCAAAGAGGUCACAGUCCAUUCUUCUUGAUAAAUGUCCAGUGGCAGCCACGGACACGAGUACAAUCGAAAUACCCUCGAAAUCAUUUCAUGUCAUAGAGAAAGCACAAGCUACGAACAUGGCUGCUCUUAAAGACGUUGUGUCAUUGUAUCAGACGUUGAAGGUAGAAUGGACUAAAAAGCCUCCCAAUGUUGAAAAAUGUGGAGUGUUAUUGGCGAAAUUAAAGGUGGGCCUGACCCAUUUGAUGUUCCUUCCUACAUCCAACGUAUCAGCUCCACAGCAGGAACUUUUAGUUGCAAGGGAUAUCCUGGAGAUAGGUGCUCAGCACAGCAUAGCAGUGAAAGAUAUCCCUUCAUUUGAGAGAUAUAUGGCUCAGCUGAAGUGCUAUUAUUUGGAUUACAGGGAGCAGCUCCCGGAAUCAACCUACAAGUAUCAACUGCUGGGACUCAACCUUCUGUUCCUGUUGUCUCAGAACAGAGUAGCAGAGUUCCACACAGAACUGGAAUUGCUUCCUUCGGACCAGAUCCAGAGCAAUGUCUACAUUCGGCAUCCCCUUUCUCUGGAGCAGUACCUCAUGGAGGGCAGUUACAACAAGAUCUUCUUGGCGAAGGGAAAUGUUCCUGCAGAAAGCUACAAUUUCUUCAUUGACAUUCUCCUCGAUACAAUUCGCAGUGAGAUUGCGGCAUGCAUGGAGAAGGCCUAUGAGAAGAUCUCUCUAAAUGAAGCAGCUCGAAUGCUCAACUUCCAAAAUCAAGCUGCCAUUACAGAAUAUGGGAGAAAGAAAAAUUGGGUGUUGGGGCGUGACAACUUCUACCAUUUUGGUACGGAGGAAAAGAAGGUGGAUGAUCCCCUGCCUUCCACAGAGCUUGCUGAACAGGCUCUUGAAUACGCUCGUGAGUUGGAGAUGAUUGUAUGAAGAAGAACGCUGUUUGAAACAUGGUUUCUUUUCUUAUUUGUGUUCAUGCGCUUUUCUGUUCUUAUAUCAUUGAGUAACUCUUUCAAUGUGUGUUGUAUGAUGCAGGUUGAAUACAUCAGCUUGUUGUGUACAUAAUAAAAAAGUAUUUCCUAAAAAUUUUGAUUUCUUUUUUUUAAUAGCAGACCUUGAAUACUUCAGUUGCUUGUGAGAUGUAAGAGCUUCUUUUAGGCAAGUUUUUCACUUGGAAACUGGUUCUUUAUUACAUUUAAUGUAUGGUAAGAUGACUUUGUCAAGAACAAAAUGCAUUUGUAAAAGUUAUGAAUUGUAGAAAGCCUGAGGAAGAACUUUUCAAAUAUAUAAAUUACUUUCCUAAUUUCUUUAUCUAUUUAUUUCAUCUUUUUCUGGUGUAAACUUUAAUAAUUC